AUGUAUCAACAACUGUCUAUUGCAUUGACUCGGAGCUCGUCGUGUCGUGGGUUUGCCCAGAAAGCAGCAAAUAUUAAUGUACAAGAGCGUCUAGUAGCUUUAUGUCGUCAUCGUGGCUUUGUAUUUCCUGGUUCAGAAUUAUACGGUGGUCUUGCCAAUAGCUUUGACUACGGGCCACUCGGCGUUCUCAUGAAAAAGAACGUGAUGGAUCGAUGGUGGUUUGAGUUUGUGCAGAAACGACCCAAUUGUGUCGGCCUUGAUAGCUCUGUGCUGCUUAAGUCGGCAGUCUGGACGGCGUCUGGCCAUGUCGACAAUUUUACAGACCCCAUGGCGGUCUGCCAAUGCUGCAACUCUCGCGUUCGCGUAGACCAGCUGCUUGAGAACAAGCUGGAGACACAGGAGGAGAUGGACGCUGUGGCAUCACUGUCUUUAGCUGAGAUGGAUGCCUUGCUUCUGCAGCACAACGUGGCCUGUCCUCAUUGCAACAAGAUACACAGCUUCCAGCCCGCCAAGAAGUUUAAUCUGCUUUUUCGCACAAACAUAGGUGCCACGGACGAGACGUGCGACUGGAUUUAUCUACGACCGGAGACGGCACAAGGCGCCUACAUCAAUUUCGCCAAUGUGCAGAGCACCAUGCGCAAGAAACUGCCGUUUGGCGUCGGCCAGAUGGGCAAGAGCUUCCGCAAUGAGAUCUCGCCUGGACACUUUCUGUUUCGCACGCGCGAGUUUGAACAAUUAGAGUUACAGUUCUUUACGCACCCCAACGAAUCGGACGACUGGUAUCUCUACUGGGUGGAUCAGUGUUACGACUUCCUGAUCAAGUACGGUAUUAAGCCCGAGAACCUCAGGAAGCACGAGCAUGCGCCUGAGGAACUGGCUCACUACGCGCGCGCCACAACGGACAUUCAGUUUAAGUACCCUUUCGGUUGGAGCGAGUUGUGGGGUAUUGCCAACCGCACCAGCUACGACUUGAAGAAACACAUGGACGCGAGUGGAAAAAGCCUUAAGUACCAAGACCUGGUUGCAAAGGAAGAGUUUCUGCCGCACGUCAUCGAACCAGCGCUUGGUGCUGGACGUGUCAUGCUCUCGAUGUUGCUGGAUGCUUACGAUGAAGAAGAGGUGAGCGGCCGCAAGCGCACCGUGCUACGUCUUCACCCGGAUAUUGCCCCGUACCGUUUUGCUGUGCUGCCGCUUGCUAAGAAGGAACCUUUGUUGGAAGUGGCUCAGAAACUCUUUGAAAAUUUGUGCGAAAGUGCUAGUGUAGAUUACGAUGUUGCGGGCAGCAUUGGCCGCCGUUACCGCCGCCAGGACGAGAUUGGCACGCCGAUGUGCUUGACUGUGGACUUUGAUACUCUCGAGGACAAGUGCGUAACUGUUCGUGAUCGCGACAGUAUGGAGCAAAAGCGCGUGCCGAUGGAGCAGAUUCUUGAACGCACUUCUGUGAAAUACUCCAGUUUUUCAUCCUUCUAA